UACAAAAACAGUUUGUUUAUCCAAACACUUCUCAAAGUGUAGUAGAGUAAUUUUUGAAAUAUUUUAAGUAUAAAUAGAGUUUAUAAACAUAUGGUCCUUUACUUCCUGCUGUGAUACAUUUAUGUAUUUUCUUCUAGGUUGGUCAUCUUAAAAUAAUUACAUAAUAAAACCUUCAUUAUUAGAAAAUUAAUUGGGAAAUCUUUAAUCAACCAGGUUCUCCAUAGAGUUCAGUGAUAUAAUGAAACCAAAUGUGCUUGAUUAGUUUAUUAUCUUGCGAUAAUGAACGAACCAAACUGUUAUCACUACAUUUGCAUCAAAUGGUUCAAUAUAUUACUCUAAAUCAAGAUGAAAUAUUGAAAUUAAUUAUGACAAAACUCUUGAGCUUGAGUCCUUGUUGUCUUAAGAAAAUGACACAAUGAAACUGAAAUCACACCAAGAUAAGAUUUAGAAAUAAGGAAAGAGAGAUUGUAUUUGUGGGAAAUCAACUCAUCCAAUUAAUAUCACAGCAAAGUUAUCUUUAACACUUGUUUCUCAUUAAAAAGAAAAAACAGUAAACAUGAGAUAAAUAUGGCAUUACUGCAAAUAUGACAUUUGUGACACUUAUCCCAUCUCAAGAUUAUGACCUAAUCAAAAUAUUGUCAUUAUUUAACUGUCUUCAUCUUAUUAUCUUGAAAUAAUGAGACUGGGAAUUUAGGAUCGCCAUAAAAAUGAAAUCAUUAUGGUAACAAAAACAAAUCUUACAUUUUUGUAUCAAGAUAAUACAACAGUACAACUAUAUUUGGAACCAAGAGUUCCACAUCUUGUUAAACUGAGAUGGUAUAAUAAAAAGGUAAUGAGUAUAAAGCUUAAGACUUUGCUUUGAGAAAAUUACCUAAUUGAACUGUUAACACAACAAACUAGGUUUUGUGAUCUUAAGAUAAGGAAAUUUGUCAAACUUAAGAGAUCUUGAUCUCAAUGUAAUGGGAUAAAAAAAAACGUAUCUCGAAAAUGUCAUAAAAAUAAAAUGCUUAUUCUUAAUUAUAGUUUAAAAUUAUUGAUUGAGAACCAAACAAUCCGCAAAUUCUUACAAAGUUGCGUCUUUUAUGAGAGGUUGUGGGUUAGGAGGUGAAAUAUGUUUCAAGGUUUCCCCAAAACAUUUGCUAAGCCUGGUGGUUAGGGCGCUGAGACAGUCAUUCAUCCAGCAGCCCACCGUUUUUUUGAGUAAAAUUUUUUUUAAAGUUGACAGGAAAUUUAAAAAUAUCAAUUGAUAAUUAUGUGCUAUUGAAAUAUUGGAAGAUUAAUAUCUGAACACCAACUAUAAAGCCUUUAAAAAACUUAAAUAAGCAGUGCUUAGCCUGAUGAGGGCACAAGUAAAGCCUGGUGGCCCACCAGGCUUAUAAAACCCUGAUGAUUUGUACACAAUGUGGGGGGCUUUUUGAUGCUGACGGCACACUCAUACUAAACCCCAAUCGCUAUAAAAUAAUACAACAUAUGACAUUAAACGUUUUUAUUUUUAAUGGUCUGAAAUUUGAGUAAAAUGUUUGGAAGUUAAUAAUUGACAAUGUGUAGGAAUCAUGCAGGAUUUCCUGAUUGUGCCAGUAACCAUCCUGGUUUUGGUCAGAGGGCGCCAUCCUCUGCCGUCGAGGCGAAACAUUGAAGCUUCUUCUCAGCACUUAGUGUCAUUUAAAGGAGCUUUUCUCAAAAAGCUUGGAGGCUGUCCAAAUAAUGGUCCCUAAAUGAGCAAUUGUCUUCACUCAGCUUUCUUCAGGAACGCUUGUUUCUGCUGACUGCGAAAUAAAACCUUCUCCUGCUCUUUCAUCUUCGGAUGAGACACUCCAAUGACCGCAGAGACUUCCGCGGUACGCAGAAACGGCUGCUAAAAAAUGAAAUUCUCACACUCGCAUCUCUAGAAAUAAUAUCUCAAGACCUUCUUCAGAGUUGGAGCGUUUGAGCAGCUGCCAAGCAGCUGUCAGGAUGUGUCAGGAGCCCCCUGUUUAACAGAAGGCAGCUUUAGGGGAGGAAAUGAUUACUGUUUGUCUGUGUUAUCAGCUCUUUUAAGACGGAAAGUGUGACUUUUUCUCAUAGGACUCAAGUGAGACUCUCAAGGGGAAUUGCUAAGUCUGAAUUAACAUUCACACCCCGAGACAUUUGCUUACUUCCUAGUGCUUCAGAUUCGAGAACGGGCACCCGAGCUUGUAGAGAUUAACUCAGUUAGAGCAGAAAUCCAGUCCCACUUGCUCAUUAUCUUCUUCCACUGAUCCAUGUUGCAUUUGCUCUGCUCUCUGUGUCUUGGAGGAGGAUGAAAUAUUCACCAGGAGAGCUGUUGUUUUCCCAGAGGAGCCCCCAUCUUUACCUCGCAUGCCCUGUCCCGCUUCCCGUCCGCUCAACCUUUCCGAGCCCUCUCUCCGUCCUCCUCACGGUCUCGGCGAUGGAGCCCUUGCUAAAUUAUGCAUGCGUUAUGUGAAUUAUAUCCUGUAGUUUUUCAUCAAGCAUUGUUCAGUCCUCCUUCAGUUUUCUGCUAAUGGUAUCUAAAAAUGGGCUUCGGGAGGUUUCCAUUUAUUAGUUUCUAUUUUUAGCGCUCCUUCUCGUUUUUAUCUGUCGCUUUCAAAUGUUUUUAAAAGCUCCAGAGGAGGAAAGGAAAAUAGGAGUCGCAGACCAAUGAAAGUGUUAUAUAGACCCCGUGUUUUCAGUGGGGCUUGAGCCGAGCAGGAGUCCGUUGCAGAGAUUGUAAAAGUUCCUCUGGGGAUUAAGCGAGCGCCAGACAUCAAAUGUGUCUUAAAAGGAACAUAAGGGACCCCGUUUAUGAACGCCGGCUACCCUCUACUCCUCCAUAUUGACCAUAUAUCCCCUGUGUGUCUUUCUAUUACAUGUUGUACAAGUAUCAGAGGAGCCAGGGAGAUGGGCCAAGUGCUUUGGGAAAAGGAAUGAGAUAUCAUAUCGUCGUCUUUCAUUUCUGUGACGUUUCCACCAUGUAAACCAAUGUUUACAUGAGAGAUGAUGAAAUGAACGAAUGGUGGGUUGUGGUAACCUGUGAUUGUUUUACCUACCGAGACAACAGACUUGAUGUCAGCUUUUGUGUAGCUUCAAGGUGCAUUGCGCAGGAGAGUCAAGGCUGCAUUGUUUUAGUUUUCUGGCUUUUUCUAGUUUAAAGAGAACAAAAAAGCUUAAGAACAUUUCCUUUCUAGUGCUUUUGCAUGUAGUGAAAAUGAUUUGGUCUUCAGCAAUCUAAAUCUAAUCGCAUGUAUAUGAAAAAAUCCACAACAGAUUUCUAAACAAAACCGAGGAACGUUGUGUGGAAAAAUGAAUUAUAUCCUGUUUGUUUUCACUAGAUUUAGAAGGGAACGUUUUUCUUUUGCACUUUUUCUUUGCUCAUAGCAGAUUUGUUGCCACCUCUGUAGAAGCACUUGCUGUUCUGGAACGGGUGGAAAUACUAAAGCACAUCAGCAAGUAGUUUAAGGAAACAAUUUUCAAUCUGGCAAAAGUCACAAGACCAUUUCCAACCAACCCGAAGUUCUUCAUGCUACAACGACAAUAGUCAUUCACCAGUGGAAAACAUUUUAGGCCUUCCCUGGAGUGUAUUUUCCAGCAAAGCAGCAGCACCCUUUUCAGACUAUGCAGAGCACAGAGAAACUGCAAAAGACCCAGGAGAUGCGAAGGCCAUGAUCAUUUUUCAGUUUUCAGUCUGAAAGAAAAGGCUGAAAACUGGUCCAAGUUUCCAAAUGUUUGGCCAAUGCUUAGAUGAAAAACCAAUCUUAUCCACCAACCUCCUUAAAGGUCUGAAAAUCAACCACUGUCCCUUUUUGCUCUUUUGUGAGACAGACCCGCCCACUUUUUACCAGGACAAAAGCCUUUUUCUCUCAAAAGAAUAUGAUGGCACAAUUUCUUUUUGCAUCUGAAUUAGUUAUAAGCAGAGGAGAUAUGAAACUAAAGUAGAGAUGUUCAAUGUUUCAUGAAAAGUGAGGUUUCCAGGCACAGUGGUGGAGGGGUGAUGAUUAAUUAACUCGAUGUCAAAGUUGUCUGGAGAUAAACGCGAGAAAAUCAAUCCAAAAGUCAACACUUUAAUUUCCACAAUUAACAAAGCAGUGUCGUACAGAAGGCAAUUCCAUAGUUUUUCACAAAUUGCUUUUCUAUUUUAGCUUGUUCUGUGUUUAGUAAAUAAUGACAGUUGUAGUAUGCCUUAAUGUGUAAGAAAAGUGUGAGACUAAAGCUAGACUGAGUCUUUUUCCCGGCUGCCUCUGCUUCCACGGAGAAUUUUAAAGUUGCUACGUUAGACGAAGGAGCGAGAAAAGUCAUUUCAGUUAAAGUGGAAAAACAUCCGAGGACGCGGCUCAGGCAGAUUCCUAUCCUGUGGUUUAAACUGGAUUCGCUGGUCAUGUGACUUAAGGAGUGCUUCUCUGCUGCCCCCUGGUGACCAUGUGGAGCGUGAGCGCUGUGAUCCUGGCCCUGGCCGCCGUCGCCCUCGGCUCGACAGACCCCGACACGCAGAGACUGCGACACGACUCCAACUUGGAGAUCUACAAGCGGCUGUUUGAGACGAAGAGGAAAGAUCAGCUGAACGCCCUGAAGAACCUCGUGGAGCUGAACGACAUCAACCAGCAGUACAAGAUCAUAGACAUCAUGCUCAAGGGGCUUUUCAAGGUGUUGGAGGACUCGAGACAAAUCCUAGUGGCAGCUAACAUGCAGCCUGAUGCCCCCUUCCCUCUGGAUGAUAAGAUCAAAGAAGCUUACUCCCAUGUGGUGGAGAACACGGCGUUUUUCGGCGACGUGGCGCUGCGCUUCCCACGCAUCGUCCACCACUACUACGACCGCAACGCCGACUGGGGAGGGCUGCUGCGCUGGGGGCUGAAUUUCUGCAACCAGACUGGAGUUUUCACAGGAGGAGCCCACCAGCAUGUCCUCACACUCAUGUCACAGGAGCUGGGAAUCACGGAGAAAUCCCCAGAUUUUAUAAAUCCAUACCGCACAGAGAGAGACGAUGUUCUUCACACGGCCGAAGCUUUCCAGAAGAUCCUGAGGGAGGAGGAGAAGAGAAGGAGGAAGGAGGAGAAGAGGAAAGAAAUCCGGAAAGGCCCCCGCAUCUCCCGCUCUCGCUCCGAGCUAUAGCGCCACCCCUCGGCGGUGGCGAGGAGCAAGAGAACAGGAGCGGGAGGAUCUGGAGGAGCAAACACAGGAGUCCAAACGGAGUAGCCCGACAUGCAGAACUGCGACGACGGUGAAGGAAACAAAAGCUGCUGUCAAUUGUACCAUACAGAAGGGAAGGCGCUCCGACGGAAAGAACAGAGGAGCCGUCGCUGUGACACGAUAACGCGUUUAUUCAGAGGUUAGUCAGGUUCUGAUCGAGGCUCGACAUCAGCGCCGAUCUCUAAUUGGAGAAUCUAACUUUGUCCUCCAGGAGGAUUCUGGGAAAACAACGGAAAGUCAAACUUCCAGAGGCGGACGGAUUUAUUGGCACGCCUGGUAAAGAUGUGGAAAAGCAUCUUUUAUCCGACACUAGAAAAACCUGGUUCAUGCUCAAACCUGCUUCGAGUGUUUGUCGCUGAAAUCCCAAACUCAGCUACCAGUUAAAGUCCGAGCAUGUUUACAUUUGUGAUGUUAGAACCUAAAAAGCCCUUUUCUUGUUCACUCCCAAACAAUUGGAAACAGUUCAUUGAAAUUGAUCAAUUAAAAAAAAAUCAAAGUAUAAGAAAUUCUUUUUCCGUACUUGUUUUAAAGAGAUCACUACAAGCACCAAUAUUUGUCCUCUGUUGAUUUUGUUAGAGUUAUAAACUGAAUAAUAAAAUUUAGCAACAUUUUCUUAGUGCUAGAUCAUACUGUUGCGUUGAAAAAUAUAAAUUUAAAGCAAUAUACACAUCUUUACCUGGUGAGCCAACAUACUUUCCAGUUUCCUGCACUGUAUUGGGUUAUAUGGCUACUGAACUUUGGCAUAUUAUUCAUUUAAAAAGUUUACUUCAGAACUUUACAAACCCCUAAAUGUAUUGUCUGGUCCAGAUCUAAUAUGUGUAAAACCCCAUAUGCUUUAAAUAUGUGUCGUUAUUUAAACAAUUAUAAAUUUGACCUCAUUUAACCUUGGCCUGUUUUGUCAUUUUGAGAGGUACCUUUUUUUCUUUUAUUUUUUUUUGUAAAAAUGAAAACUCUCCCUGUAAUUGCUGCUUAAAGUUGUGGGGAUGGCUCUUAUUUUGUUUGCCUGAAAAAAAAAAAAACUUUAUGAUGUUUUUAUUAUUUUGAAGGGGAUCGCCUCCAUUUGCAUUCUUUUUUUUUACCUUGUAUUUGUUUGUGCUUAAAAGAUUAUUAACAUUUCUUUCUUUCUGUUCCAUCAGAAUAUAAAUUGUUGGCCUUCACCUUGUCUCUGUUAAACAUGUUUCUUGUUAUCUUACCGGAGAGUUUUCCAUUAUUUAAUGCUUUAUAUCUAUGAAACUGAAGAUCGGUGUAAUUUUUAAAGUGGUUGAGCGACUGUUAUAAAAAGUUAUAUGUAUAUUCAGAGAAGCGAUAUCAUUGCUGCAAGACCAACAAGCCAUUUUGUUGAGACAUAUGAAAUAAAGUGAUUCUGAUAUGUCCUAA